ACGGCAGGGGCGGGUUUUCGCCGGGCCAACCCCAGGGCGUCCCGCCGGCCGAGCGCGGCCAUGGCGCUCCUGCUCGCGGCGCUGCGCGUCCUGCUGGGAGGCUUCUUCGCGCUCACGGGGGCGGCCAAGCUCUCGGAGCAGAUCUCAGCUCCUGCGUCGGAGCAGAUGAAAGCCCUGUUCGUGCAGUUUGCUGAGGUGUUCCCGUUGAAGGUGUUCGGCUACCAGCCAGAUCCAGUGAGCUACCAAACAGCUGUGGGCUGGCUGGAACUGCUGGCUGGGGUGCUGCUGGUCACCGGCCCACCGAUGCUGCAAAAGAUCAGUAACUUGUUCUUGAUCCUGCUCAUGAUGGGGGCUCUCUUCACCUUGGUGUCUCUGGAAGAAUCACUAAGCACCUGCAUCCCAACCAUUACCUGCCUGGGGUUCCUGCUGCUGCUGGAUGUCUGCCAGUUCUUAGACUAAACUGAGAAGGUGGUCAGACUCACUAGGAAGAAGACUCCAAGUACAUUCAAAGAAUCGUGGGAGUAGAGAGACUCUGCCCGUCAUACCAUGCAGCUGUGACAGCAGGAACGUGGUAGAACACAGAAUCUACCACCUUGCUACUGAUACGUUCAGGGCCAUCCAGUGUUGAAGGAGACGUCUACCUGGCCCUGCUCUCUCUCUUGAGCUUUAUUGCUCUUUUUUGAGGGGUACAUGUUAUACAUACUAACAUUCCUCGUCUUAUAUGAAAAUAGAAAAGAAGCAAAAAAGAAAUUUGAAUCAACCAAAAUUCUAAUGCCUAAAAAGAACCACUUUUAAUGCCUUCGUAUAACUACCUCUCAACUUCUUUCUGUGCAGAUACAUUUUUGUAAUGAAAAUGAGACCAUAUGUCCUACUUUAUUAUCUACUUUUUAAACCUAAUAUACUGGA